UUCCGUUAAGUACAGGCAGAGUCGCGCGAUCCGCCGCAGUCGCACGUGAAGGGCUGCGCGAUCGUCGCUCGGGGUGGUAGCUCUCCGCUCGCCGCGGAGCGUCCCGGAAGCAGCGGGGAGCAGGAACUGCCCCGCGGCCGCUCCGAAGCUAAGCCCGGAGCCCGGCGUGUGGCGCCUCGGAGCACAGCGACGGCGCCAUGUCCUUGAUCUGCUCUAUCUCCAAUGAGGUGCCGGAGCACCCGUGCGUGUCCCCCGUCUCCAACCACAUCUACGAGCGGCGCCUCAUUGAGAAGUACAUCGCCGAGAACGGCACCGACCCCAUCAACAACCAGCCUCUGUCCGAGGAGCAGCUGGUGGACAUCAAAGUGGCUCACCCAAUCCGGCCCAAGCCCCCCUCGGCCACCAGCAUCCCAGCCAUUCUGAAAGCCCUGCAGGACGAAUGGGACGCGGUCAUGCUGCACAGCUUCACUCUGCGCCAGCAGCUGCAGACCACCCGCCAGGAGCUGUCCCACGCGCUGUACCAGCAUGACGCCGCCUGCCGGGUCAUCGCCCGCCUCACCAAGGAGGUCACCGCGGCCCGGGAAGCUCUGGCGACGCUGAAACCGCAGGCCGGCCUCAUUGUGCCGCAGGCCGUGCCCAGCUCCCAGCCCAGCGUUGUGGGGGCAGGCGAGCCGAUGGAGCUGGGCGAGCUGGUGGGAAUGACCCCCGAGAUUAUCCAGAAGCUGCAAGACAAGGCCACCGUGCUGACCACGGAGCGCAAGAAGAGAGGGAAGACGGUGCCUGAGGAGCUGGUGAAGCCGGAGGAGCUCAGCAAGUACCGGCAGGUGGCUUCCCACGUGGGCCUGCACAGCGCCAGCAUCCCCGGGAUCCUCGCCCUGGACCUCUGCCCCGCCGACACCAACAAGGUCCUCACCGGCGGGGCGGAUAAGAACGUCGUCGUCUUCGACAAGAGUUCCGAGCAGAUCCUGGCCACCCUCAAGGGCCACACCAAGAAGGUCACCAGCGUGGUGUUCCACCCCUCCCAGGAGCUGGUGUUCUCUGCUUCCCCGGACGCCACCAUCAGGAUCUGGUCGGUGCCGAGCUCCUCCUGCGUGCAGGUGGUGCGGGCCCACGAGAGCUCCGUGACGGGCCUCAGCCUCCACGCCACCGGCGACUAUCUCCUGAGCUCCUCGGACGACCAGUACUGGGCCUUCUCUGACAUCCAGACGGGGCGCGUGCUCACCAAGGUGACGGAUGAGACCUCCGGCUGCGCUCUCACCUGCGCGCAGUUCCAUCCCGACGGACUCAUCUUUGGGACAGGAACCAUGGACUCGCAGAUCAAGAUCUGGGACCUGAAGGAGCGCACCAACGUGGCCAACUUCCCUGGCCACUCGGGCCCCAUCACCAGCAUCGCCUUCUCCGAGAACGGCUACUACCUGGCCACGGCGGCCGACGACUCCUCCGUCAAGCUGUGGGACCUGCGCAAGCUGAAGAACUUCAAGACGCUGCAGCUGGAUAACAACUUUGAGGUGAAGUCCCUGAUCUUUGACCAGAGCGGGACCUACCUGGCCCUGGGGGGCACCGACGUCCAGAUCUACAUCUGCAAGCAGUGGACGGAGAUUCUGCACUUCACAGAGCACAGCGGCCUGACCACGGGGGUCGCCUUCGGGCAGCACGCCAAGUUCAUCGCUUCCACGGGCAUGGACAGGAGCCUCAAGUUCUACAGCCUGUAGGCCCUGUCCCUUCUGGCGGGGGGUAGU